AUGGUUGAGCUGGUGCUAGAGAGCAGCCAGCUGACUGGCCUGGGCAGACAUGUUGGCACACAGAGGUUUACCGUAGUCAACCAGAUCCAGGCCGUUUUCAGGGUUUUAGCAUCAUUAAGACGAGUAGAUCCUGAAGGAAUGGAACUGCGCAGGUUACACCUUAAGACGUCCCGACGCCGACGUUACAGUGUACCAGCUCCCAACAGUGUCUGGCACAUUGAUGGGAACCAUAAACUUAUUCGAAUUGAGCGGCUGUGGAGAGAUGUAUUUGACCAAGUAACAGACCUCUUCUACACCACCUUUCGUCGGUUGGAAAAUGAAGGAUGGCUUAAUCCAGACCAGGAUGUGGACUUGUUUGCAUUGCACUGGUCUUACAUGCCACAAAUUCAGAGGAAUCUACAAGAAUUUCAGAGUGCCUGGAAUAGUCACAGUCUAAGAUCUGCAGGCAACAGAACUCCUCUGCAGCUUUGGUCAAAUCAUGAGAGGGAUGACCCAAAUCUGAUUGACAUUGAUGAUGAAGUCAGGGAAGACCUUGAAGGGCAACAAGCAGAAGGUGUUCAUGUUCCUGAGUUGGAUCUACCUCGUGGCUUGACUGAAGAAGAGUUGGCAACACUACCAAACCCGGAUGUACCUUUUUCAGAUGCACUAUCUGUCUACAUGGAAACCGUUCUUGCUAUAAAACAAAUGCUUGGUGAAUCAUAGUCUUUUCUUUUAAAGGUUUACAUACUUUAGGCAUAGAUAUCAUAUAUGUGCAUAUCAGACAGGCCAGUUGUAUUGUUGAUCAGGAACCACCGACACAGUAACAUCUGAAAAAACAUUUAAUUGAAUUUAUGCAUUAACAUACUGUAAAGAACAUUUAAAAACCCUCAUUAAAAGUUGGAAUGAACAAUGUCAGAAUAGUCACUGUUAAAAUUGGUUGCAAGAUAAACAUUUAUGCAUCAAUUGUUUAC